AUGAAUAUAAAAUAUGGCACUAGGAAGCGAAUUUCACGCACUAAAUUAUUUAAUAAAACAAUUGACCGUUCUAAUUUCGAAACAACACGCAAUGUCAGUAGGUCUACGAAUAGAUUCACGAACAAAAGAAAAAUAAAAAUGGAUUUUCUUCCAUCCCUGACUAUGUUUCUUUUUUUGUUCACUGUUAAAGGACAGGAGGAAUUUUGUGAGAUCAAUGCUUGCGAAGCAUUGGUGCAAAGUGAGAUGAAACUUAAAGAGUUUUCUGAUGACUUGGAAAAAGACGGCAGCCAAAACUAUUUGAUAAAAUUGGAACGAAGAGUCAGAUCUUUAGAACAACCAGUUUGGGAAAUUUCCAAAAUAAACGAAAGAUGGAUAGAUUGUGGAAGAGGACCCUGUAAGUGUAAACCAGAAACCAAAAGUGUUACCUGUUGGCAAAGCGGGUUAUCUACGAUUCCUGUUCAGCAAGUCCUACCCCAAGAUGUUAUUUCAAUCGAUUUGGGAAUAAAUUCCAUGACCACUUUGAAUAAGAAUGUAUUCAGAUCAAUGUCGUAUUUAACAGAACUGGAUCUAUUUGACAACAAACUAGAUCAUCUACCUGAUAAUAUUUUCGAAGAUCUGGACAGUUUAAAAUACCUUCGUUUACAUAAAAACCAUCUGGAAGAAAUACCACCGAAUCUUCUAGUUCAUCUCAGAAAUCUUCAAACGUUCGACGCAUCUGAUAAUCAAAUUAAAGACCUACCAACGAAUUUAUUUAGAGGUAACUCGAAUUUGAUGUUACUGCAUCUGUCCAGAAAUCGGAUAAAAGCUGUUCCAGAAACGGUAUUUAAUAAAUUAGAACUUUUGGAAGAUCUGGAUUUGAGUAACAACUUAUUGACGACCAUUCCGAAAUUUGCUUUCGUCGAUUUGGCUGGAUUAAGGAGGCUCUUUUUGGCUGAGAAUAAUAUCACUUUGUUACCAACAGGCGUUUUCGACAAGCUUGUCACAUUAGAGCAACUAAACUUGAGAAAAAAUCAGAUAUCCUACCUACCUUCCAAUCUGUUUGAUAAAUUGCAAAAUCUGCAAAUUCUUCACCUGACCAACAACAAAAUUGCUCAACUUGGUGUGGGUGAUUUCAAACGAUUGACCAAUAUAGUUGAACUUCAUCUCGGUCAAAAUUUCAUAAACGAGCUGCCAGAAAAUGCUUUUGUGGAAAACAGAAAUUUGGAAAAACUGUUCCUGUUUUCCAAUAACUUGGAAGAGCUCAAAGAAAAAACUUUCAACGGACUAAUAGGAUUGACUUCUUUACUCAUUAAUAACAAUAUUUUGAAGGAAAUACACUCUAGAUUGUUCUUUUAUACGCCGAGCUUGCAAAAAUUACAUUUGGACAGUAACAAAUUUCAUUUUCUACCAUCAAAAUGCUUAGAUUUUUUGACUCAGCUUGUGUCUAUAAAAUUAGCCAAAAAUCCAUGGCAUUGUGACUGUAACAUUUUGUAUUUGGCAAUUUGGAUGGAUUCAAACAUGAACAAGCUCUGGGACUCCCAACCGUCUUGCAGAGGCCCUGGGGAUCUCGGAGGAGCUCUGAUCAAAGAUAUGACUUUCGACAACCUCUGCGACGGCCAGUGGGCGAGUAUGACGAACCUGUCACCGAGGGUACCUAUCAAGAAGCAAAAUGACGAAGAUGCGACCGACACAAAAAAUGUUACUCAAAAUUAA